GCGGGAUGCACGCGCCGGCAAACCUUUUAACGUCCCUGACACUAAAUUGCAUUCACGCCAGACAACGGUGGUUAAAAGGUCUACAAACUAGCCACGAAAAGAACUAUUGUUGAAGAUGGUUUUCUUCACGGAGCUCUUCAGCUACAAACGAGGGUCGCUAGCCAAGAUCUGGCUUGCAGCCCAUUGGGAAAAAAAGAUAACGAAAGCUCAUGUAUUUGAGUGCAAUUUAGAGACAACUGUUGAAGAUAUUAUUUCCCCUCAGAUAAAGAUUGGUCUGCGAACUUCAGGUCACCUGCUUUUGGGUGUUGCACGGAUCUAUUCAAGGAAAACCAAGUAUCUCCUUGCAGACUGCAGUGAUGCUGUGGUUAAAAUCAAAGUGGCUUUUAGACCAGGACAGACAGAUCUGCCUGAGGAAGGAAUGGAGGCAAUGUUCAAGGCUGUUACAUUGCCAGAAGACUUCACUGAUUUUCAGUCACAGCUGCCUGACCUCAAUACAAUUGACGUGGUAGAUCACUUCUCACUCCACCAAUGUCAUGCCGAGGAAAUCACUCUCAAAGAGAACAUAGGAAACAGUUUUCUCACCAUAGAUGACGUGGCAGAUGACACCCUAUCUCAUCAGGGUCUAUUUGACCUGAGUUUUCACAGUCUUGCUUCAAAUGGUGACAGAUUUGGUGACGAAGGCAUGGCUUAUGAUGCUGUUGAUUUAAUAGUUAAUGCUAAUGACAAUGCUCUGCUUACUGACUCCUGUGGUCAUUCACCCGAAGAGUUCCCUGCAACACCCCCACCAACUGCUGUUAAUGUACCAGAGACCUUGCUAGACAGCCCAAGCCAUAAUGAGACAACACUACUAGAUGAUGCAGAGAAAGGUUUCACUCUCGAAUCUGUGGCUGUCACACCCUCUUCAGACAGGAAAAGAGGCAACAGGAAAAGGAAGCUUGUGGUUGACCAGUAUAAGGAACUUUCUAAUGACACAAUCAGAGCACAGCUAAAUGACUGUUCUGACAUUUUGGCCUCAUUAGACAUGGCUCCACCCACACGCCAGCUUUUAGAGUGGAAGGAAAAUGGUGGAGCAGAUUAUCUUUUUUCACAUUUCUGUAUCCCAGUCACACACAGUGACUUGCAGCAGCUGUUCCCUCGAGAUGUGUUUCCUGGGAGACGGGGGCUGACUCGCAAAGCGAGAGAGGAGAGUGAUUUCGAAAAUACUAGGGAGCUGGGGAGAGAAGACUGUGCGAGCAGUGUGGUGUCUCUGGUGGAGGAGCUCAGUUUAUUGGAGGAGACUAUGGAUCCAGGGAGAUAUGCACAGGAGGAGAGCAGGUUGGAGGUAACAUGCCCAGAGCUGCUCUCUGAGGACUCAAUACUGGUACAUCCAUCUGGAGUGGAUAGGGAAAUCCUACUGACACAAACCCAGACACAGCAGUCUACACUGGACAGCCAAGACAUGGAAGAGAAAAGAAUGACCAGUCGAGCACAGAUUCUCCUUCAGGUCCUCAAAGAGAAGGAGAACAGCAACCUCGGUGCUGCCUUCAGUCUGCACACUUUGUGUGCGAGAAGCAGCCGCUCCGAGGUAGCAGCCACGUUUUUUGCUCUAUUGCUGCUAAAGAAACAGCGAGCCCUUGACCUCUACCAGAGCGACCCCUAUAGCGACAUCAUUGCAACACCUGGGCCUUUUUUCUACAAACCUAAUAAAAUGUAACUAAACGGUACAAUAAAAUCAAUUAAAGGUGAGUUCUCCCUGUUAUGUAUGGUUGUUUGAAUAUUGGUUCUUGUGGUAUGGACCUAGCUAAGCACCUAAAUGCUGGAUUUUGGGAGACCUUUAAUGAUCAGCAUCAUUUAAAAUUUGUUAUAGUCUUUAAGAACUGCACUACACUGUUUGCCACUCUUCUAGAUAGCAUGCUAUCCUACCUUUUGAAGUCUGAGCUUUGAUGAUUCAUGCAACUAGGCCAAUACUGAGACUCUGAGGACAUAAUGAACUAGAACUUAUACUGUCACAAAGUAGGUUCCUCUAGAUUGUGACUCUAGAGAGCAGGAUUUCUGCAUCAUAUUUAAUUGUCUUGCAAUAUUUAAGCAACCAGACAUAGUAUGUUUGUGUAAAAACAUAUGUCUUUAAGUUUAUAUGCCAUUGUAAAUAGAAUAUCAAUGACCAGUGCUUCACCGGUUGUUUGUUCUUUGUACUACUCUAGCC